CCCGCAUGCUUCCCCCGUGGUCCACAGUCCCAUCGGUGACCUUGAGUGCCGUCCCCCCAUCUCAGCGGCGGGUAGGGACUCCUUCCCUUUCGGAGCGUCCCCUGAGAUCAGAUAUGUUCCCACUUCCUCCUCCACCUUCAUCCUCUCCAUUGACCUCCAACUCACCUCAUUCCAUCACCUCCUCUAAGCCAGCAGAGCGUCCCACCCCUGUGCCUUUGUUCCCCCAAAUAGCUCCUCCCAACUCCUCCUCAGCUCAGACUGUGGCUAAUGCCCUCAACCCAGCUUUUGACAAAAUGAACCACAUUCCAUCCCCAAAUGCCCAGGGUUCCAUAGGUGUCCCUCAUCUAAGUUUUUCUGGAUCCUUAACAAAGCAGUACUCUGAACUGUCCCCCAAAGAGGGUCCCCACUCUUCAGGCUCACCCACACCUGGGGGUUUGAGCUCCAUGGCAGAAUUGGCCCGUCUGCCUCCCCCGACCCUAGCACCUGGAGGUCUUCCUCGGCUUCCAGGUGGGACCCCCUCAUGGUCCAUGAUGGAAGUGGCUUCGAAUCCUUCAUCCACCCACCCAGUCCACACUGCGGGGGCUAAAAGAGCGCACAAUGGGGUGUCUUUGCCAACUUUUAAGAGCACGGCAGCAGCGACCCAGGCGGCUGAGCUUUCAUUGUUUCGGACUGCAGAAUCAGUGACCAUAGAGAUGACCAGCAGAAAGCUAGCCCCUGCUACUACUGCAAGUGACCCUGCUAACCCACCACAUUUGUCAGCAGAUCCAGAGAAUUCCAGAAGGCCUGCCCUUUCAACCGAACACACAUCUUUGGUGCCUGCUCUGCUGCCUUUCACUCCUCUGGGUCAAGGGCAAGCCGUCCUUUCUGGGACAGUUCCCGCAUCGCCAUCAAAUGGGAAAGGCAACCUUCCCUCCGUGAUUGCCGUCCUUCAGCCUGCAGAAGAGCGGACCUUGCCAUCCCUUGUACCUGAAAUGCCCACACCUCAAGAAGGAGGCCAUGACGGGGCCCCUCCCGCAGCCACAGACUUGUUCCUCUCAAGGAACCUUCCUGAUCUUCUUUCCACAACUUGGACAUCUCCCCUGCAGAAAGAGGUCAGCGUGACAGCCUUUUUAGGGAAAAAUAAAAAGGCAAAUGUAACUAUUCUGAGCAAAGAAGUUCUGAGUCCUCGCACUGUCAAUGGAUUCCGCUCUGACUUUAGCUCCAAUCCAAUGUCAUCUCCCGUCAUUACAACAUCAGGAACAAACCUCCUUCCUUCAGGGUCACCUCCAGCCUCCAGGCCCACCAUUCAGACCACCCACAUGGUUUUCCCAUCUCCUGGCUUCGCCAGCACCAAGUUGGAGACUGACACAGCAGCUGGGGGCCAUUCUGAAUCGCCCGUUUCUGCUUCCAAGCAGGUGACAGCAUCUCCCUCCUCCGCUGAUGCUGAUGAUUUCUCAACAAUGGGAGACAUGAAAAAGCCAACAACCACAGAUGUUUUCUGGAGUUCUCUUUCAGCAAAAACAGGAACCCUUUCCAGAGAUUCCACAAUAUCUGGCUUGCAGCAGCAAACAAGUGAUGGUCCAAAUGGUCACACAAUUAACUCCGCCAGUUGGGAAGUUCGUUCAGCUGCCACUUCUCUUCCCCGGGGUUUUACUUCAGCUGCCAAAGCAGUAAAAUCUCAGAACAUCAAAGAUACUGCUGGGCAAUCAGUGGCUGCAGAAGGUUUCAACUUCCAAGAUCUGGUCCUUAGGACAAGCACCAACCAGCCUGUGCAGCAGUUGGAUGUCACCUUGGCCGGAAAUCAUACAGACUUCUGGCCCACAAGCCAUCACCACCAUCCCAGAGACUUCCAAACAGCCAAGGUUGAAUAUUACCCAUCCACAAGUCAACGUUCUGCCCAGUCAAGCCAUCCUCUUUGGCUGACCUGGCCACGUCUAUCUUCUACAACAAGCUUGCAGGACAUGCUUUCCGAUGGAACGGAUACAGGGUCCCACAUUUCCAGUGACAUCUACCCAUCACCCAGAAUAAAUACUUCCACGUCAUUCCGGAGCAAUCUUGGCCCUCAGUCAGCUGCUGAAUCUCCUCCUCUAUCCACCAGUGCCUUCCCCAGGACCCCCUCCAAAGUGCUGCAAGCUUCUCAGCACCCCAAGAAAUGGACAGGUGCCACCACUAAUGCAGUGGACUCCUCGGUGUCAUCCAAGGUAGAGCCAACAACAGCAGCAGCAGCAGCAGCCGCGGCCACAUGGUUUCUGAGGAAGUCGAGUCCACAGGCGCUAUCUGCGGCCCUGGUGGCCAAGGGCACCGGCAGCAGCGGCUUAACCAAGAGCGGUUCCACCACUGCUCUAGCUAAAAAUGUCACCAACAAGGCAGCAUCUGGCCCAAAGGCAACAGCAGGGGCGAUCCAUACAGCCCUCCCGUUCACGCCAACCUACAUGUUUGCCAGAACAGCACACACCAUGAGCACACACACAGCCAUGCAGGGGGACACGGGUGCUGCCUCGGGCCUGUUGUCCACAACACACCUCCCCAGGAAGCCACAAGCCAUGCACACAGGCCUCCCAAACCCCACCAAGCCAGAGACGCCGAGGGCAUCCACCCCUCGCCCGCUGACGGUCACCGCAGCGUUGACCUCCAUUACCGCAUUAGUGAAGGCCACCCGCUUGCCCCCUUUGCAAGCAGAAAACACGGAUGCUUCUCUCCCUGCUUCGUCCACUGCGGUGGUCACAACUGGCAAAACGGCGUCCAACCUGGAAUGUCAGAUGUCUGAUAAACUCCUGGUGAAGACAGUUCUCUUUAUAACCCAAAGGAGAGGGCAGAGCCUUGAGUCCCUGAAGCUCAAUGUAGCCAGAGGGCUCACGCAGGCAUUGCGGAAGGCUUUCCACCAGAACGACGUCUCUGCUCACGUGGACAUUCUGGAACAUUCUCACAACAUCACAGUUGGUUAUUAUGCUACCAAAGGAAGGUUGGUAUACUUGCCUGCUGUUGUGAUAGAAAUGCUGGGUGUUUAUGGAGUCAGCAACGUCACUGCAGAUCUGAAGCAACAUACCCCAAACUUACAGUCUGUGGCCGUCCUUGCCUCCUCAUGGAAGCCCCAGCCUGCAGGCUACUUCCAGCUGAAAACAGUGCUACAGUUUGUGAGCCAGUCAGAUAACAUACAUUCCUGCAAGUUUGCUCAGACCAUGGAGCAGCGGCUGCAGAAGGCAUUCCAGGAUGCUGAGAGGAAGGUCCUGAAUACCAAAAGCAACCUGAUGGUUCAGAUUGUGAGCACGUCCAACGCCUCGCAGGCCGUCACCUUGGUGUACGUCGUGGGCAAUCAGAGCACAUUCCUCAAUGGCACGGUGGCCAGCAGUCUCCUGAGCCAGCUCUCAGCCGAGCUGGUGGGAUUCUACCUCACCUACCCACCGCUCACCAUUGCUGAACCACUGGAAUAUCCCAACCUUGAUACAUCAGAAACAACUAGAGACUACUGGGUGAUUACAGUGCUGCAGGGCGUGGACAACUCGCUGGUGGGCCUCUACAACCAGAGUUUUGCCCGGGUUAUGGAGCAACGCCUGGCCCAGCUCUUCAUGAUGUCCCAGCAACAAGGCCGGCGAUUUAAACGGGCUACCACCCUGGGAAGCUACACUGUGCAGAUGGUAAAGAUGCAGCGUGUUCCAGGACCAAAGGACCCAGCAGAACUGACUUACUACACUCUGUACAACGGGAAGCCACUGCUGGGGACCGCAGCUGCCAAGAUCCUGAGCACCAUUGACUCCCAAAGGAUGGCCUUGACCCUGCAUCAUGUUGUCCUUCUGCAAGCUGACCCUGUGGUGAAGAACCCCCCUAACAACCUGUGGAUCAUUGCGGCAGUGCUGGCGCCCAUCGCCGUGGUCACGGUCAUCAUCAUCAUCAUCACUGCUGUGCUCUGUAGGAAGAACAAGAACGACUUCAAGCCAGACACUAUGAUAAACCUGCCGCAGAGAGCAAAGCCCGUACAAGGCUUUGACUAUGCCAAGCAGCACCUGGGCCAGCAAGGGGCAGAUGAGGAGGUCAUCCCUGUGACUCAGGAAACGGUAGUCCUCCCCCUGCCCGUUAGAGAUGCUCCUCAGGAAAGAGACAUGGCUCAGGACGGGAGCACCAUCAAGACAGCCAAGUCCACGGAAACCAGAAAAAGCAGGUCGCCCAGUGAGACUGGCUCUGUCAUCAGCAACGAAUCAGGGAAGCCCAGCUCAGGGAGACGCUCACCCCAGAACGUAAUGGCACAGCAGAAAGUGACAAAGGAGGAGGCAAGGAAGAGAAAUGUGCCAGCGAGUGAUGAAGAGGAGGGACCUGUCCUCUUUGACAACUCUGGCAAGGUGGCUGCUGAUCCCUUCGACACGUCCUCUGGGUCUGUGCAGCUCAUUGCAAUCAAACCCGCAGCCCUCCCCGUGGUACACCCCACCUCGGACAGGAGCCAGGAGACCUCAGCCGUCCUCAACGGGGAGGUGAACAAAGCCCUGAAACAGAAGUCAGACAUCGAGCACUAUCGGAACAAACUGCGCCUCAAAGCCAAGAGGAAGGGGUACUAUGACUUCCCCCCCGUGGAGGCAAACAAGGGUCUGACCGAGAGAAAAAAGAUGUAUGAAAAAUCCCCAAAGGAAAUGGAGCAUGUUUUGGAUCCAGACCCGGAGCUGUGCGCUCCCUUCGCGGAGUCUAAAAACAGGCAACAGAUGAAGAACUCUGUCUACCGAAGCCGGCAGUCUCUGAACAGCCCGAGUCCAGGAGAAACCGAGAUGGACCUUCUGGUCACUCGAGAGCGACCCCGGCGUGGCAUCCGUAACAGUGGAUACGAUACUGAACCUGAAAUCAUAGAGGAAACCAACGUUGACAGAGUUCACGAGCCGCGGGGCUACGCCAGGUCGAGGCAGGUGAAAGGCCACUCGGAGACCUCCACGCUGAGCUCCCAGCCCUCCAUCGAUGAGGUCAGGCAACAGAUGCACAUGCUCCUGGAGGAGGCCUUCAGCCUGGCGUCCGCGGGCCACGCAGGCCAGAGCCGACACCAGGAGGCCUAUGGCUCUGCCCAGCACCUGCCCUACUCGGAGGUGGUGACCAGUGCACCAGGGACCAUGACUCGGCCCAGGGCCGGGGUGCAGUGGGUGCCCACCUACCGCCCAGAAAUGUACCAGUACAGUCUGCCCCGGCCGGCUUACAGGUUUUCCCAGCUUCCUGAGAUGGUCAUGGGCUCUCCCCCUCCACCUGUACCUCCCCGGACUGGCCCCGUGGCUGUUGCUUCUCUCAGGCGGUCCACCUCAGACAUCGGCAGCAAGACCCGAAUGGCCGAGUCCGCAGGUCCUGAGCCAGCCCAGCUGCAGGACAGCGCCUCGUUUGCACAGGUGUCCAGAGGUCCCGUGUCCGUGACACAGUUGGAUCAGUCUGCUUUAAAUUACUCAGGUAACACGGUGCCGGCAGUGUUUGCCAUCCCAGCUGCCAACAGACCCGGCUUCACUGGCUACUUCAUCCCCACGCCUCCCUCGUCCUACAGGAGCCCAGCCUGGAUGUCCUACGCAGGAGAGAAUGAGCUCCCAAGCCAGUGGGCCGAUUCGGUCCCCCUCCCCGGGUACAUCGAGGCCUACCCCCGGUCCCGGUAUCAGCAGAGCUCGCCCUCCAGGCUUCCCCGCCAGUACAGCCAGCCCACCAACCUGCACCCCAGCCUGGAGCAGGCCCCCGUGGCCUCCGCAGCGGCCUCGCAGCAGAGCCUGGCAGAGAACGACCCGCCUGACACCCCGCUGACCAACAUCUCCACCGCGGCCCUGGUGAAGGCCAUCCGCGAGGAGGUGGCCAAGCUGGCCAAGAAGCAGACGGACAUGUUUGAGUUCCAGGUCUAAUGCCUUGGCCCCGUGGGACUCUGCACUUCUAGACUCCAAGGAAGCAGGCUUUGGGUCACUCACACCCAAUGUGUGGGGACUUGAGACAUGGACAAUGGGUGAAUCUCACCCUCAGCAAAGGUGAACAGGGGGGCUUCUGAGAAACAGAGGACGUUCGUGAACGCCUGGAUUCUUGGUUUGUGCAACUGACGGUGGGUCAAGACGUCCCUGCUUGGGACCAUGUGAGUGAUACUCUGUUAGGCCGAGUGUUUGAAUCAUCCUUAGGGUCUAUUUCUCUAAGGAGCCUUAGUCAUAAGAGGCACUAGCUAAUGUACAGAUUCCUGUCCAAUGCUACAUUUUAAUAAAUCACCAGAAGGGGGAGAACCCAGCUCUAUCUUCGGUGACCUCUGCAUGUUAACUCUUUCCGUGUUAAAGGCAAUGUAGGAGUGUGAAUUAAGCACCAGCCUGUACUCUCUCACUCAGCCACGACCAUGAUCACUAACGUCAUCUCUAGCCUGUAAGGGAGACACCGACUCCAGCCAAGAAACUUGAGUCCCUUUGCUUUUAAAGGCUCAGAUUCAAAGUCAAAUGAAUUGGAUGAAAAUCAGUACCAGUGGCUAUGCCUAUAAAUAGCCGUGAUCUCUUUCUUCCCUGUGAAUUCAAGGUGGGGAAAGAGAGAAGAUGAGCAGGAAGGGUGGAUUCGUGUUGACAGAGUUUUUAAAAGGUGUUGUCAUUUUGGAAAUAGAGUACCCUCCAAGUUGGGAUCUAAUGGAAAGAGAGAAAUCAGUGCCAAGAGCUUUUAGGGUCCUACAAAAGAAAAACAUUACUUGUGGAGGGUUUUCUUUUGCCGGCUUUGAAGGUGGCACAAGAACAGAGCUUCUGUCUUUGGGGGGGAUAAUAGAUGCAUUGACUUUUCCAAGAAAAUCUUCUCUCUUCAACAGCGAUGUGCUGCCAGCAUGUGCUGCCGAAUGGUGCAAAAGGAAAUAGUCACCGAUUCCUGUUAGAAACUCGAGUCGUAACCUCACAGUCGUCCCAGGCCGCGGCCUCUGUUUAUAGAAGCUUCCAAAUAUAGGAAAUCUGUUGAUAGGAGUUUCAACAUAAAUAACUUUUUACAAAGUGUGUGGAGUUCACCAGUUCUCCAUAGCUGAUGGAUGUAGGAAGACACUUGCUGAAGUGACAGGGGUCCUACCUUGUGACCAGGACGUUCCGUGUCACCCUCCCUGGCAUGGAGAUGUUGAUCUCCAGACCUCUGGGUGGAAGACUUCGCCCACAGCACUGGGUGCCAACCACUGAUUACCUGUCAUGCAAGCAAGAUAGCUACUGACUGUGGGUCACAGAGGGACCAGGGGCACUAGGCUCCCUGCCUGACUUUGGGAGCCACGUAUGGUGUUGGGGGCUUGCUUGGUGUCUGUUGGAGAACGAGGUCCUGUCCUGCCUUUACCCAUGAUCCAUCAGCUUCAGCUUGCCCAUUCCCUUCUGAGCCCACCUUCCCAUUGUCCUCAUGAGUUUCUUUGGUCUUUACUGAAAGAAGCAGGUGAAAAUAGAAAAGUCGAGGAAGAGUAGGAACAGAACCAUAUUUGAAUGGGAGAUUCAAGCUGUCAAAGCACAGGCUUUUCCAAGAAGCUGUUUUUAUUUCCCCAUGGCAAAUAGCCCUUGUUUAGAGAUGAUGUGUCAUGGAAUUCCCCAAACAAGACUCUUGUUCGGAUGAUAUUAGGUAGUGUCCUUUUAGUAUGCUGGUAGAUCUUUCAUAGUGUUAGUUUUUUGUUACUUAAAAAGAAAUCAGCUAUAAAUAAAAUGUAUUUUUGUAAUUUCCACGUUGUAUAUAUGGUAUAUUUCUACCAAUGGCCAGUUGUUGUAGUCCAAAACCUAAGUCAGCUUGCAGAACACUGUGGACAGUGCGAGAUUUUACUGACAGAUUCACACGAUGCCUAAGGCUAUCCAAAUAGGCAUCCAAUGCACUUGAAUGAACAAAGAGCCAAAGAAACUCAGCCUUUUCAUGCAAAUGGUAUGAGUCUGAUAAAAUCAGCUACAUUGUCCUGCUUUAUCAAUAAUAUCAAUAUUUCAUCAGUGCAAUGAUAUUAACCCAGUACUUUGUCUGCUUGGUAAAUGCCUGGAAAUACUGUAUGCAAAAAUGAAAUUUCAAGACCUGAGUGUCAUUGAAAUAUAUGUACAUGUUUCAAAAGACAGUGUCUGAGCUUUGGAUGUUCCAGUGACACACAGACCAUAAAUCUAUAGUUUGCAGUGGUGUGACUCCAGAUGGCUAAGGGGAUGAAGCUCUAGAUAUCACAGUCUUUGCAGAAACAGGUGGUCCCCACUUGAAACGCUUGAGAAAACUUCAAAUAUAGUGUGCUAUAUCAGACACUCACUUAAAUCAGAUGUCAUGGGUUCAAGAAAAAAUCUUUGAAAGGAAAAACUUACAUUGAAAAGAAAUCUGUUCAUGUUUUCCCACCAAUGGGGAAGCAGAGUCAUUGGGUGGUUUUCUGAGACUAAGAUGUGGUCCCUUCUCUGAAGAGUCUCCUAACCUUAUGGAGAUGACAGGUGCCUGGCCAGGUGACUCUGAGAAAAGACAGUUAGUCAAAAGUGCCUCAUGGAGGUAAAAAUAGGAUUCCGUGAGAGCUCAGAGGAGGCAGCAGUGACCUCCGUGUUCAUCGUGAUCCUCCAGGCAGACGCAGAAGCCAUAACGACCUCCAUGACUUGGAGGAGGAAGUCUGGACGGGUGGAGGAACUGGCCUGGAGGAUUCACCAUCCAACUUGCUCUCCAUCUUCCAUGCUGCCUGCACACAUCGGCGACACAUUCCUUUGUGCCUGCAAGUUUCAAAAAUAGACAAGGGUCCUAUGAGGGACUUCUUAAUGUUCUUGCCAAGGCAACAUAUGGUGGAGUAUGUCAGGAACUUUGGAUACAGUUCUUUGGAUACAGAGGACAAUACCUUUGGGGCCUAAUAAACAUUUUCUCAGCAUUGGUUUUGAUGCAAGUUUUUCUGCAUUCAUGAAAAAGAAAUGCAUUUUGGCUUUCCCCCAGAGAGUCCUAUCCAGGAAAUGGUGUCCUCCACUCUUGUUCAGAACUGGGGUGGGGAGGGGGUGUGUGAAUUCUUAUCUUGGCACAGGCAGGAGAGCACUGACAGCUUGUCAUUGUGAGAUAGCAGAUGCUGUGCUCUGCAUCUGGGGAGGCAAUCCAGAGGUGCAGGAACACAGAGGUCUAUUGUGUGGCCUGGCACCUGUGAUCUGAGGCAUGUGCAAUAACAAGACAGCAACUGUUACCUGUGGGGAAGAGCUGCCUCUUCAAGGGUGGAUUAUAUAAGAAUCAAUUCUCUAUUCCGGGGAGGAGUUAUCUUGUGCGUUUGUUAUUUUAAGAAUCCAGCAAAAGGGCAUGUAGUUUCUGAAUAAUCUUGAUGGAAGAAAUGAAAUCAUUUGAUAUAUUAUUUAAAAAAAAAAAAAAGAAAAAAGCUCUUCUGAGAGAGAGCCUGUAGAAUAGAAGGGGCGAGAAAUCUAAAUACCUUCUGAAAGAAAUGCUUUUCUAACUUUAAGGCAGAAAUUGGAGAAGUGGAUCAAAACUUUUAAUACCAAUUAAUACUAAUUACAUAUAAAUGAGCUUCUUUUUUUUUUUCUACGUAGCACACAGGUGCUCAAAGUUCAAUGAGUGCAUUUUUUAAAGUUUGAUGACAGGAUCUGAACUUAACCCUAAAUUCCUCCUACCACACACCAGAAAAUAAUUUGGAGUUCCCCCACAAAAUACAGCUAAAGACUUUAAAGAAGGAUAAUAAUUUGGCUUGGAAUAGGGACUGAGUGGGGUCUACGUAUUGCAAGUUAAAUUCUGCCCUUCAGUCCAACCUCAGAAGUAUUCUGGUCAAGGAAUUUUGCAGGGACGAGAAACCCAUUUACACUCGCACAAUGUGGACGUUGACUGAAAGAAUUCAGGAACAUUUCACUAAACGCAGCUCCCUGGCGGCAAGGGAUGGAGGCAGCCGCCCUGGCGCACACGCUCUUGCUCCUUCAGGGUCUCUCCUCAUGGAGCUCAUCCGUUUCUCUCUGCACAUCUGCUCGGAUCUCGUGCUUCCCGUGGCAUACUCAUUAGCAAAUAUGUAGCUAACGAACCCACCCCAGGACCCACACUACUUGGCCUUUUCUUCCUUCCCAGAGCCCACCCCUCUGACUAGCAUCUCUGUGGCCUCGAAGGUAAAUUCUGAAGAAUCUGAUUGGCCCAGUUCAUCUGGCUCUGGGUGAGCCUCCUUGGGGUCAGGUGCCUGCCUAUCCAAUCAGCCAUGACUGAGAGUCCAGGUCCUGUCAUACAAGUAUGGCUUCCUGGGUUGACCCUUUCAAGGGGAGUUUAGAGGUGGGGAGGAUUAGUACCCAAAGGAAGGAGUAUGACUGGGCAGGAUCUUCUAAGGGAAAUGGAAAUGACGAGUCCUGCUAGAAUGCUACAGAGAAGGCAGUAUUCAGAGGGCAAUCCCUAUGGAUGCUGCCAAAGAGAGAAAGAGCAUUCUCACUUGCCUAUCAGGUGAGAGUACAUCCACUUGGGACCCUAGUAGACUGGCCUGAACUGCCCUGGCCGCUCUGACCCCAACACCAGUUACUGAAUACUGCUGCUGGGCCUAAGAAGGGAUUUCUGACCAAGGCCCAGUUAGCACAAUGUCUUUCUCAGCAGACAAUAAAUACUUGUAAAAUUGAAUUGCAUGAUCUUAGCUCAGGUGCUAUUAACGUGGCUCAUGGCCACACACUUGCAUGGAUGAGAAAACCAAUGAGCCUCUCAAUAGAGUCUUUUGAAACAAAAUUGGUUUCAAGUGAAACUGAUAUUAUAGUGGCUCUGACCUUCUGGAUAUAAUAAGUUAGUGUCCUGAGAAUUGAAAGGUCUCUUGAUUUCUUAGGUGAACUGUUACAGAAUGCUAGACCAUUGUGGGCUGGGGAUAUAGCUCAGAUGGUAGAGUGCUUGCCUUGCAUGCACAAGGCCCUGGGUUCAAUCCCCAGCACUACAGAGGGAAAAAAAUGCUAAUUGAUAAAUACUAAAAUGUAGGGUGUUUCUGAGAAGGAAUAUUUAGGAAAUAUAAUUGUGCCAGAAACAAAUUCUCUUAGGAGAUAUUGAGUCACUUUGGUUCUGCAGGUUUUAAAGAUAAAGAAAUCUUUAGUGAGGCAGAAUUUGUCUCCAAAGGUCAGACCCAUACUUUAGUGAGAGCCAUUAUACAAUAAAAUCUAGAUAUUGAUUAUUUUCAUUCUCUGACCUUGGUUACAGACUUUUGUAAAUCAUGGAGGGAGGCCAUUGAUGUAUUUUACAUAAAUUAACCCUGGGCUCGCCUUACUUUUCCUCAACUUUUCCUUCUGUCUAAACUCACCUCCACCCCCCUACACAAUUUGAGUGGAGAAAAAAAAAUUGUACCCAAGAGAAUCAGAGGAGUAUCAAUGGACUGGGAAUUUUAAAGAGAUGUAAAUAUUCUAGACUUCAAGCAACUCACUUUGAAUUUGUCUUUAAUUCCUCAUCUAUCAAAAGGGUAUAACAUCUGUACUUCCUACCUCCCGUGCUGGUUGUGAGGAACCCAUAGAAUAAUGUAUCUGAAAAAUGUCUGGGCAUGGUGGCUCAUGCCUGUAAUCCCGGUGGCUCACGAGACUGAGUCAGGAGAAUCACGAGUUCAAAGCCAGCCUCAGCAACAGUGAGGAGCUAAGCAACUCAGUGAGAUCCUGAUUUAAAUAAAAUACAAAAUAGGGCUGGGGAUGUGGCUCAGUGAUUGAGUGCCUCUGAGUUCAGCCCUAAAAAAAAAAGUAUCUGAAAAUGGUUUGAGAAAUAUAUUUGAAGGAAUUCCCACUAAAGUAUUAGCUUCACAGUUCAGUUUUAUCCAGCAAAAUAGUUCAGCUCCUCCAACCACUGAAUGGAGUUUUAUUAUCAUGGGUUCCAUGACAAGACUUAAGGAAAAAUAAAGAAAUUCCUAAGUUUGGAAUUGCUCACAAAAGCCAGCCCCGUGUGGAGUUGGAGGGUGUGUAAGUUUGUGUAAGUACGUGUAUGUGUGCUUUCACUCUGGGUGCAAAGCCCAGACUGUGAUUCUUUCCAAUCACGUUAGACACAUUGGGCAAAGUACUGAGCAGAAGCUUUGAAUGUAGCUGUUGUUAUUUUAAUGCUUUGCUUUCUAAUUAACUUUGUACGUCCUUUGCCUCUGCCGGGAACAGAGUGUUCAUAUGCUGUUAGAAUUUUUUAUUGUAAAAUAAAAUGACAAAGGCUUUCAUACCCCA